GCGUGAUUACCGGAUCCAACGAAUACCGAUGUUUGUUACUAAAUUAUUUAUUUAAACUACAGUUCCUCCUUUUUUCUUCUCCAUCAUCAUGCCAUCCUCAGAACAAAUAUUCUCUACGCCACUCACUAAGCUCUUCAAGAUCAACCACCCGGUAAUGCUUGCAGGCAUGAACGUGGCGGCAGGUCCCAAACUGGCUGCAGUGGUAACGAACUCCGGCGGUAUCGGUGUUAUUGGCGGUGUCCGUCAGUCUCCUAAGUUCAUGAGGGGUUCGAUCGAGGAGCUCAAGAGCCACCUCGAGGACAAGAAUGCACCGUUCGGUGUAGAUUUAUUGCUACCCCAGGUUGGCGGGAACGCACGAAAAACCAACAAGGAUUACACGGACGGUCAGCUACCAGAACUAAUUGACGUUAUCAUCGAGGGCGGCGCCAAACUGUUCGUGUGCGCGGUUGGUGUCCCUCCCAAAUGGGUCGUUGACAAGUUCCACGCAGCGGGGAUCCCGGUAAUGAACAUGAUCGGCCACCCCAAGCAUGUUGCCAAAUGUAUCGAGGCAGGGGUUGAUAUUAUUGGUGCUCAAGCUGGAGAAGGAGGUGGACACACUGGCGACACGCCUUUUUCCAUACUCAUCCCUGCUGUGGUCGAUUUGUGUAAAGACGCGAAAAGUCCGCUCACGGGCGAACCGAUUGUCGUCGUAGCUGCAGGAGGUAUUUCCGAUGGCCGAGGUCUUGCCGCAUCCCUAGCGUAUGGCGCUCACGGAGUCUGGGUCGGCACUCGUUUCGUUGCAAGCGUGGAAGCUGGAGCACCGAAAAUGCACAAACAACAGGUUGUCAGUGCAGGUUGGGAUGAUGUCCUCCGUACUACUAUAUACACCGGGCGACCUUUGAACGUGAGGAGGACCCAAUAUGUCCUGGACUGGGAGACCACGCGUUCGCAAGAGAAGGAGCAGCUCCUAGCUAAGGGCCUCAUUCCCCACGAAGUUGAGAUUGAAGCACAUCCCGAAAAAUCUGUUCAAGGAAUGACUUGGCUUAUGGGUAGAGUUGCCGGAGCCAUCAAGGAAAUCAAACCCGCAAAAGAAAUCGUCGACGAAAUGGUCAUCACAGCUGCCAAAACCCUCCAAGCCUCGAAUAGCUUGAUAGUUUCUCCAAAGGCCAAGCUAUAA